AUGAGCGGCGCUCCCGGCGGGCCCCGGCCGAGGACCCCGCCGAGCCGCGGAGCCGCGGCCGCCCCGUCGCCCCGGCCGCCCCCCGCCGACCCGCUGCGCCAGGCCAGCCGGCUGCCCAUCCGCGUCCUGAAGAUGCUCAGCGCCCACGGCGGCCACCUCCUGCACCCCGAGUACCUCCAGCCGCUCUCCUCCACGCCCGUCAGCCCCAUCGAGCUGGACGCCAAGAAGAGCCCGCUGGCGCUGCUGGCCCAGACCUGCUCGCAGAUCGGGAAGCCCGACCCGCCGCCCUCCUCCAAGCUGAACGCCGUGGCGGCCGCCGCGCCCGCCGCCGACAAGGAGCCCUCCGCCCGGCCCGCCGCGCUGAAGCCGCCGGGCAGCGGGGACGCGCCCGCCGAGGACAAGUCGAGCUUCAAGCCCUACUCGAAGGGCGGCGGGGAGCCGCGCAAGGAAGGCGGCGCGGACAAGGCCGGCUUUCGGGUGCCCAGCGCAGCGUGCCCGCCGUUCCCCCCGCACGCCGCCGCCUCGCCCGGCGGCUCCCGCGGGGCCUCGCCGCAGCACCCCGACCCCAAGGGCGCCGAGGAGAAGAAGGAGCCCGAGGGCAGCAAGCCCAGUCCCGAGGGGACGGGCGGGGCGCUGGGGCGCGGGGUGGUGGAGCCCGGGGCGCACGGCGAGCCCCCCUCGGGCCGCAAGUCGGAGCCCCCCGCGCUGCCGCCCGCCGGCCAUGUGGCCCCCGUGUCGCCCUACAAGCCGGGCCACUCCGUCUUCCCCCUGCCGCCCUCCAGCAUCGGCUACCACGGCUCCAUCGUCGGCGCCUACGCCGGCUACCCGUCCCAGUUCGUGCCCGGGCUGGACCCCACCAAGCCGGGGCUGGUGGGCAGCCAGCUGCCGGGGGCGCUGGGGCUGCCGGGCAAACCGCCCAGCUCCAGCCCGCUCACCGGGGCCUCGCCGCCCUCCUUCAUGCAGGGAUUAUGCCGGGACCCGUACUGCCUGAGCUACCACAGCGCCUCGCACCUGGGCUCCAGCAACUGCUCCAGCUGCGUGCACGACCCCGGCAGCCUCAAGAGCGGAUACCCUUUGGUGUACCCCACGCACCCCCUGCACUCGGUGCACACCACGCUCUCCUCCAGCGGCACCCCCAGCCUGCCCGGCCACCCCCUCUACACCUACGGCUUCAUGCUGCAGAACGACCCCCUGCCCCACAUAUGCAACUGGGUGUCUGCCAGCGGACCCUGCGACAAGAGGUUUGCCACCUCGGAGGAGCUGCUCACCCACCUACGGACCCACACGGCCCUGCCGGGGGCCGAGAAACUCUUGGCGGGCUACCCUACCUCCGGGCUGGGCUCCGCGGCCUCCUGCCACCUGCACCUCCCGCCCGCCGCCCCCGGGAGCCCCAACACCUUACCGGCCUCGCUCUCCUUGAGGAGCCCACACACUUUGGGACUAAACAGGUACCACCCCUACGGCAAGAGCCACUUGCCCACGGCCGGCGCCCUGCCCGUGCCCUCCUUGCCGGCUGCCGGACCUUACUACUCCCCGUACGCGCUCUACGGCCAAAGACUCACGUCAGCCUCGGCUUUGGGAUAUCAGUAACCUGCGCGGCCCCGGCCGGCUCAGCCCCAGCCCCCCGCGCCCUCCUUGGACUCUGUAUUUAUUACUGUAUGUUAGCUUAAAGCUGGGAAUAUAAGUGCAUUAUACACCAAUGAAUCAAUGGUAUGCAAAAAGUCUGUGUCCAAAAAAAAAAAAAAAUAACCCGAAAAAAAGAAAAAAAAAUCCCUUUUUACUUUGCAGGUGUGGGGCUUUGGUUUUCCCCUUCUGUUUCUUUUGAAUUUUUUUUUCCUUCCCCUUCUUAAUUUCCCCUGAGAAAUUCUUGCAUGACUCCUGCCACACAAGGAAAAGCAAAAAAAAAAAAAAAAAAAAAAAGGCAUUUUCCUCCUUCCCCUCUGCAUUUAUUGCUCUGGGAUUCUGUUCUCUGCAUUUGUAACUUGCAGAUGUAUUUUUUUUUUUUUUUGUAAUUUUUUUCUUAUUUUUAAUCUUUGGGGUUUUCAAUUUUUUUUCCUUUUAAAAUUUUUGUGGUUUAUUUUUUUUUUUAAUUUUACUCUUUUUUUUGGUUUUUUUUUUUUUUCCUUUUUGCGCUGUGUCCGGGGCCGGGGGGGCUGCUCACGCCGGCCGGGUGAUGCUCACCCUAGGCCGUGCUCCCCCCACGGCCGUGCCCCGCUGGGGGCUGCAGGACCCCGCGUGUCCCCCUCAUGCCGGGGGGGGACCGGAGGAGCGGCGGGCGCAGCGGCAGGACCGGCGGCCCCGGGCGGGCGGACGAGCCCCGGUAAGUCUGAUUUUGUUAAUAAACGGCUCUUGGUUGUACCCACGCUCUGGUCUCGUCUCGUCCCUGCCCGGGGGUCCGGCGGGGGCCGCGGGGUCCCAGCACCAUCUAGCGGUGGCGGCGGCGGGAGCGGCACCGG